AUGGACAUCUCUACAAAAAAGGGAUCCAAUCUGUUUCUACAGGGAGAAUCCAGCUUUGACUUCUUCACCACCAAAGUAAUGGAGUUGGAGCACAUUCGACUGAAGGAUAGGGACCGAUCAAUCGAGGUUGUCGCACAACUAUUGGCGAAGAACGCCAACAAAAAGCUUUUUCGGGAGAAAAUUCCAGUGCUGGAAAUUGAAUGUUGGCUGCAGCAUUCCGUCUCCGAAAUCCAAAAGCUCGUUACCAAACCCAACUGGACACCAGAAGAGAAAUUGCAGGAACGCGAAAUUCUAGUGCUCAACCAAUGCAGUGCCAUGUUCUUACAUGCAGUCCCCGUCGCUCUAGCGUUUGAAAGCAAUUUUUUCCAGGUUUUGACCAAGUAUACUACGGCUCGCAAUGGAAAUAGUGGAGAUUUUUCCUCAGAACAUAUAUGCGAACAUGUCUUGUCUAUUGUGUGGAAUGCCUUCAUCACGUCCACAUCUAGAUCUAACGGGUGGUCUGCCAAGACUGCUUUCAAACAACUCGCGGCGAGCGGUAUCCUCGAAGAAUUCAUUCGAUGCUUGGUGAGCCCAAAGCUAGAACCGCACCUUUCCGAGGGAAUUGACACCAUGCUUCAACAGCUCCAAUUAUGCUCUAAUUUCCUAAAGAACAAAUUCAAAAUUGGCGACUCUUGUGGUGACGCAUUGCGAGCAGUCCUGGAAGACAAGGCUGGCAUCAGAAAGACGAGAGAUCAUAUCUUCCAAAGGCUAGAAAAUAUUGUCCUAUCGGUAGACUCCAUGUGCCCGACAGUCAAGCCAAAGCAAUGGUGCAGCCAUUGUCGCAAGUUUGAAAACUCAAAAGACUUUCAGGAAUCGCUCAUGAUAUGUUCUCGGUGCCGUAAUGCUUCUUAUUGCAGUAGGGAGUGCCAGGUUGCAGAUUGGAAUCGACACAGCCGGUGCUGUUCUUCUGCCGUAAGGAGCAUGAGGAUUUCGUUGAAUAUUCUAUCAGUACGGGUUGGCAACUUUAUGAAAAGUCACUACGCAACGAUGAUGAUCAAGAUGGUCGAACAAUGCGACAAGACUAGUCUGAAGAUGCAAGACAUGAUCAUUCAGCUUGAUUACAUGCCCAACGAAAUUGGUGUCAUUCCUGCAUUGCAGGAUCCACCCAUUUUCAAGGUAGCCCCGAUUCGAGAUCACAUUGAAGGAGCUCCACCACCAGAGCCGAAUUGGUACGAUUCUCGAUCUGGCAAGUACACGUAUUUGUGUAUAGAUCCAAUCAAGAAUCUGAAGUCAAAACAACGUCCAGACCAUGUGACGUUCCUUGUGCGCUCUGAAGAAGGCAUACAGUGCUUCAAUAUUGAAAUGGAUAAGAGGGGUACCGACGAGACCGUGAGUGCUUUUCGGAGCGCCCUACAAGACAGUGACUUUGAACCACUGACUCGUAUCUUUGACAAUGAGGAGGCCACGCAACUUUCAAGUCAAAUCCAAAAUAUGCAUCUUCAUCAGGAUUCAGAAGAUUCGUCCUCCAGUUUCCGGUGA